UUUAAUACAAAAGAGUAAGACGACAGAACUGCGAAUUUAAAAUUUGUGUUUACGUUUGUUUUCAAUUAAGCUUAUUCACUUAUUUUCAGUGUCAUUCUUAUAGGCAUAUUUAGAGGGAAAAUGACAUAAAUUGCAAUCUUGUUUGUUCACACAGCAAUUUUAGGUACUUGUAUGUAGGUUUAAACAAAACAGCAUCCGAACAAAUUCGGUCAGUGAAGAAGUGCAUGAUGACAAGUUACAUCGAUCCAGAUGAUGAUCCCACUCUUCAUAGACUAGAGGGGCUGGAAAAUCAAAAGGGAGGGCUGGUUAUAAUGAAAAAGAAAACGUCUGGGGAUGAAUCUCACAAAUUCAAGAAACCUGCUCUGCCAAAAGUUUCAUUGUUGGGUUUAGACAGACUAGCUAAAGAAAAGCGCAAAGCAUUGGAAGAGGAAGACAUUGUCAAGAAAAAAUCAAAAGUAUCAUCAUAUACAGACGACAAAGAUGAGGACAGUGAAAGUGAUGAGGAUGAUAGCGAUGAUAAUUCAGAUAUGAGUAGAAGGGACAGAAAAGAAAGAAAUUACAGACAGUCUCGAGUAGAAACACCAUCUCAUCCUGGUGGCAUUAGUCGAGAGGCUAGAAAUAGACAAGAGGAAAAAAGGCAAAGAGAUAGAGACAGAGGACUGCAUGUCUCCUCCAAAGACAAACGACGAGAUGACAGGAGGGAUCAAGACAGAAACUACUCACGAGAUCGAGAUAGAGACAGAGACCGUCGGAGAGACAGGGAUCGUCGCCGAGAUGACAGAAGUAGCAGAAGUCACCGCAGUGACAGGAGUGACAGGAGCGCCAGGGAAUGGGACGAGACUCCCAAGAGGUUCAGAGAUAGUCCCGCCACCCCAGAUAUCAGGGUUAAAGACACGCCAUCACGUACUGCCUGGGAAGAUGAGGAUGAUGAUGCCACACCACUGAAACGAUCCAGUUGGGAUUUACCCACUCCGUUAAGUCGUGACCCAGAUGAUAGGAGUGAACGGAGUUUUACCUCAUCACACCGUGGCAGUAAAGACCGCAGGAAAAGGUCUGAUGAAACACCAUUACCAACUCCAUCGUAUAAAUACAAUACUUGGAUGAAAAAUAAAAAGAAGAUACCAUACACACCUAAAAUGGAUGAAAAAGGUAAAGUAGAUGUUGAGAAGAUGACAGAGGAAGAAAGAGAGGACUGGGAAAUGGAACAGAAGCGACUCGAUCGGGAGUGGUAUGGACUUGACGAAGGUUACGACGAUGACCACAACCCGUUCUCUGGAAUGUCCACUGACUACACUAAACGCAAGGAGGAAGAGGUGGAGAAAAAGAAGAAGAAGAAGAUGACAGCCAGACAGGCACAGCACCAGAGGGACAAUGAAUUAUGGGAGACCAACAGAAUGAUGAGGAGCGGUGUGGUUGUCAGGACUAAUUUUGAUGAGGAUUUUGAGGAUGAUAACGAGGCAAGAGUUCAUUUGUUGGUUCACAACAUUGUUCCACCAUUUCUUGACGGCCGCAUCACAUUCACUAAACAGCCCGAGCCUGUCGUCCCUGUUAAGGACCCUACUUCUGACAUGGCCCAGGUGGCUAGGAAAGGUUGUGCCGUGGUUCGAAUACACAGAGACCAGAAAGAAAAAAGAAAGGCUCAGAAGAAAGAAUGGGAAUUGGCAGGAACUAAGAUAGGAGAAAUUAUGGGAGUCAAAAAGGAGGAGGAAAAGGCUGACAAGACCUUGGAGAAUGGGGAUUUAGACUACAAGGCCGACCACAAGUUUGCGGAUCUCCUCAAGGACAAAUCAGAGGCGGUCAGUGAGUUCGCUAAGAGAAAAUCCAUCGCUGAACAGAGGAAGUACCUGCCCAUCUACGCCAUCAGAAAUGAGCUUCUGAAUGUGAUUAGAGACAAUAAUGUGAUUGUCAUUGUGGGAGAGACAGGAUCAGGGAAGACAACUCAGCUGACGCAGUACCUCCACGAAGAUGGCUACACAAAGUAUGGUAUGGUGGGCUGUACUCAGCCCAGGAGAGUGGCAGCCAUGUCUGUCGCUAAGCGGGUCUCCGAGGAAAUGGGGGUGGAGCUAGGACAGGAUGUGGGAUACGCGAUCCGUUUUGAGGACUGCACAUCAGAGAAAACUGUCAUUAAGUACAUGACAGAUGGUAUUUUGCUGAGAGAAUCUCUGAGAGAGUCUGACCUGGAUAACUACAGUGCUAUCAUAAUGGACGAAGCUCACGAACGCUCACUCAAUACAGAUGUUUUGUUUGGACUCCUUAGGGAUGUUGUGGCCAGACGUCAUGACUUGAAGUUGAUUGUGACAUCAGCAACAAUGAAUGCUGAUAAGUUUGCCAACUUCUUUGGCAAUGUGCCAACUUAUACCAUUCCCGGCCGAACUUUCCCGGUGGAGAUUUUCUUCAGUAAGAAUGUGGUGGAGGACUAUGUAGACUCAGCCGUCAAACAGUCCAUGCAGAUACACCUCACAGGGAUGAAAGGAGAUAUAUUGGUAUUUAUGCCAGGGCAGGAGGAUAUUGAAGUAACUUGUGAACUGUUAGCAGAACGGCUUGGGGAGCUGGAUGAAGCCCCUCCAUUAGCAAUCCUCCCUAUCUACUCCCAGCUACCUAGUGACCUCCAGGCCAAGAUCUUUGAGAAAGCUCCUGAUGGAGUCAGGAAGUGCAUUGUGGCUACAAACAUUGCCGAGACCUCUCUCACAGUGGAUGGAAUCAUGUUCGUGGUAGACGCUGGCUACUGUAAGCUUAAGGUCUUCAAUCCUAAAAUCGGUAUGGAUGCUCUCCAGAUCUUCCCCAUCAGUCAGGCCAAUGCCAACCAGCGGUCAGGGAGGGCAGGCAGGACAGGCCCCGGGCAUUGCUAUCGGCUGUACACACAGAGACAAUACAAAGAUGAAUUACUGACCAACACAGUGCCAGAAAUACAGAGGACAAACCUGGCCAAUGUUGUGCUGCUGUUGAAGUCCCUGGGUGUUCAAGAUCUGUUACAGUUCCACUUUAUGGACCCGCCUCCUCAGGACAAUAUUCUGAACUCUAUGUACCAACUGUGGAUCACGGGGGCCCUGGACAACACAGGAUCCCUGACCCCCCUGGGCAGACAGAUGGUGGAGUUCCCCCUGGACCCCUCCCUGUCUAAGAUGUUGAUUGUCUCCCUGGACAUGGGCUGCAGUGCUGAGAUUCUGAUUAUAGUGUCCAUGCUGUCAGUUCCGGCCAUUUUCUAUCGACCUAAAGGUCGGGAAGAGGAUUCCGACAAUGCCAGGGAAAAGUUUCAGGUUCCGGAGAGUGACCAUUUGACGUUCCUGAAUGUGUAUCAACAGUGGAAAAGAAAUGGGUAUUCUGCCACCUGGUGCAACGAACACUUUAUCCACAUAAAGGCCAUGAGAAAGGUAAGAGAAGUAAGGCAGCAACUUAAGGAAAUCAUGGACCAACAGAAAAUGGAGCUUGUGUCGUGUGGCAAUGAGUGGGAUAUCAUCCGCAAGUGUAUCUGCUCUGCUUACUUUCACCAGGCAGCCAGACUCAAGGGUAUUGGAGAGUAUGUCAAUGUGAGGACAGGAAUGCCCUGCCACCUCCACCCGACAAGUUCACUGUACGGCAUGGGCUACAACCCCGACUACAUUGUGUACCACGAACUGGUGAUGACAGUCAAGGAGUACAUGCAGUGUGUGACGGCUGUGGACGGCCACUGGCUGGCCGAGCUAGGACCAAUGUUCUACUCUAUUAAAGACUCCACCAAGUCACGACAGGAGAGGAAGAAGAUCGCAGAAGAUGAGAAGAGUGCCAUGGAGGACGAGAUGAAGAGAGCCACGGACCUGAUCAGGGCCCGCAAAGAAGAGCAGGAGAAGAAGGAGGCAGCUUAUAUUAAAAGAAGGGAAAUAGCAACCCCAGGAAGAAGUGAACCUAGUACCCCCCGGAGAACCCCAGCCAAGUUUGGAAUCUAGGUUAAAGAGGGUCAAACUAAGGACUGCAAUUAAAAUUUCAGUACAUUUCUGUUGAUCAGAGUACUGAUGCAUGUGAAGAUCUUAGGGAUAAAGGACAACAUUCCUAUAACCAAAUGGAAUCUGCGAAGUGAACAACAUUCUCCAUUAUUGGAGCAGUUAAAAAAAACAUUCUGAAGACUAUUUUCUCACAUUUUACAUGAACUUGUGUUGCAAAAGCAACAUCCAUCAUUUCAUUGAUAUGAUAAAAAAAAUUGCAUUGAUAAAUUCUUUAUAUCAACACUUUUUUCUUUAUCCAACUUCGUAGCAUAGUGGUGAUGGCAUCAAACUGAUAACCUGCAGAUUCUGAGUUUAAAUACAACUGGGAAAUGUUUGUAUUGCACAGAGGAGUCUUAGAUUAGGGUUUAGACUUCAAAAGCCCACUUCCACGCUUUCUUUUACACUUUUUUGUACACUUCACAUCAUGAAGCUUAUAUAAAUUAAAAAAUUUAAUACAUGAUAUUAGUCUUACUAUGAUGUUUAUUGAUGAUGUAAUCAGCUCCUUCCUCAAACUGUUAACAGGGGCUGAUUUAAAUCAAACCAAUUUACAAUUUUAGGUAAGAAAAAAAACUGAACCUGGUUAUCAUAGUGGAUAGAA